UUUUCAUUUUGUAGAUUUUUUGGUGCGGUCAACUACACUGAAGGUUGGUGCCUUGGAAGUAAAGCGGUGUAUUUAAGUCAAAAAGGUUCCUUUGUCACUGUGCCCAAAGUAAACAUUACAAACUGCGACUUUACAAUUGCUUUUUGGAUUAAAUCUGGUAGUAUUGAGGGACCUUUGAUGGCGAUUUGGUCUGGGAGUGGAAAGCUACUUUACGCAGCAAUAAAGAAUUCCAGUGUCAUCUUGUCGAUAUAUAACACUAUAGCAAAAGCAAACUUCGCAAUCAGUGACUGGAAUCAUGUAGCCGUAACCUGUGAGGAGUCUAAAAUCAAGGUGUUUGUAAAUGGAACAGAAAUUUUACCGAAGGAACAAUGGAACGAGUUCUUCUUCUUAACGUCAGACCAUCUUGAGGCGGAAAAUGUGAUAGGAAAUCAUCCAGUCCUGUUCAAGUUGCCAUUGGUAAAUAAACCUUUUGUUGGGGCACUGAUGGACCUUCAUGUAAUCGAAACUGCCUUGUCUACAAAUCAGGUUUCUGACUUAAGCAAAGGUAAUCUGUUGUUGUUAGGGAGUUUAACCAAAUGAGUUUUUGAGUGACGUACGUCGACCGGAAGUGAGAUGUUUUCCCUCUUUAUACAUCUUGACGUUGCCAAAAUCGUAAUGCCUCGUUGUCUUGAUCUUAUAAGGGACUUGAUGAUCCGACGACGCGACGGCAGCGAAAACGUCGCUCCGCUCGGGGCGCAAAUGAUGCUACUCGGGCUACAAAUAAUUUGUAUGCCCCCAAAAAGUCAUGUGAUUGUCAUAGUGAUCUAAAAAUGUAUACGCAUUACACUAAAAAAAACGGAAGUAAUUUUGAGCUGGUCAAGAACUUGAGCGUCUUGUAAGACGAGGUGUCUAAACGGGGCUGAUUAAAGCAGCUGGAGUGACAACCCUACAGUCGCGAAAGGAUCCCCAUAUUUUGGUGCUCUUAUCAGAUCGUAAUUGACCAGAAACAGAGAAUUAAACCGAAUCCCUUGUAUAGCCUACACACAAGUAAAUAACUAACUGAUGACGAUAUAUUUUUGUAAACCUAAGGCACGCCGAAAACUCCAGUUAUUAACAAGAGGGAAAGCAAGAUAAAUGGUUGCACAGUAAACCUCACAUGGAGGCGUGACGUGUGUGCCACUACAAAGAACACCAUACGCUUUAGGGUGAUAAAUCCACAGGGCUACAGAGCAGAACGCCGUGUAGAAGAGCAUACAUCACCGAAAUUAUAUCAUCUAUUGACACUUGACUGCGACAAAAUCUAUCAGAUUGAAGUGUCUUCGUGGAUUGGAGAACUUCAAAGUGACUGGUCUACUCCUUGGCAAGUUCAAACUAACUCACCUAUGAUACAGCAGGAUACACAAAACGCUUACUGUAAGUACCGCAAGGGAACAAAAUAUAGAUUGCGUUAACCCAAGCCGCACUGGCGUUCCUCCUAAGCAGACAUUCUUAGGGCCUCGUCACACGUCGUUGCGUGACUAGUCAAAACGCCUUCUGCGUGGAAGGCUACUUCUUCCAGGACCAGUGAGGCUUUAUAUCCGUUCAGAAUCGUGAGGUCAUGGAUGAUGCCAUUAGAUAAGAAACAAACCAGAAAAUGCCGGCCGCAAAGAAAAUAGUCCUAGAUGUACUUAUAAUUCAUCUCUCUAUUAUUUCGAACAGGGUAAAUGGAAGAGCAAGUCAUUGCCACAAUAAUGACCGACUUUUAAGUCACGUUCAAGCGAACGAGAACAUAUUCUAUCUUACCCUACGCGCUCGGUCAUUAUUUUUUCAGAAGAAGGUCUAACUAAUUAGACAUUAUCCUAUUUAUAAUAUCCGUCAAUUAAUAUAUCAAACAAACUCCCGCAACCGAGACAAUAACACUUAGUAUAUAGACACUCAGUGAUCUUGGUUAUUUAAGCAAUCUAAUUGCUUCGCUAUCUCGGACUAUUCAACAGUAUUCACCUCCUAGCGAGUGGAUAAUGUGUGAGCUCGGUGUUUUUCCCAUUUUUCUUAGUGAAAGAUCUUUUAAAACUCGACAAAAUCCUAGGGCUGACUUUUUUCAGGGCAAGAAAAGACUUGGAAGGAUUCAAUACAGCGUUUUUCAAUUUACUGUAGCUGAGUUUUGUGCUCGAUGGAUUGUUUACAACUCCCAUGUAUUCGCGUAGAAGCCGUUUCGUGAACUCGGCGUUUUCCAACAAGAAAAUUUGGUCUCAAAAAUCGAAGUUUAUUUAUGACAAACAAAUUUAAAAGGAAAUGUUUGCAGAAAUUCUACCUUUCAAGUAAACAGGAAAAAGAAUGAUACAAGAAGACGACGUCUUACCUCGAGCAACCGGGCCGCCAUUUUUGUCAGCAGUUCAUGCGAAGAACGACAAAACAAACCAUUUUGGCUAUAAACUUGGAGAGUCAACAGAAACCAACAAAGCUCUACUUUUCUUCUCAGGCAAGGAAACAGUUCAAACUUUUAGCGGUUCCAUUUAAGCCAUUACGCUGCUGUUUGCGAAAUGAUAAACAUGUGAAUUGCCAUGUUUGAAAAUUCUGCAAAGAUCUAUUUUUAAACUUCCGCGUGAUGUGAUCUCUGAAUCAAAUCGUACUUUUUAAUGGUUUCCUCUCUGAUUUUGUUGAGAUCACUUCGUGUGCAUUUACUAAAACAAUUAUUCUUUUCAAUCUCGAUGAAUGGUGGCUUUGGGAAUAUUUACCUCGCCGCGGCUCGGUAAAUAUUUAGCCACUAUUCACCUCGAUUUCAAAGAAUAAUUGUUAAUUAUCCUCUUAUGGAUGACGUACAUGUAAAUUGCAUGCAUUCCAUAUCUUUUUACAUUAAUUUAUUUCUGUCUUACCAGCUAACGAUGACGCUACAAAAACUCUGGGAAUAGUUCUUGCAAUUACUGCUACUCUUGCGGCAGCAAUUCUCGUGGGGAUCUACCGAAGGAGGCAAAAAAGGGAAGAACGGUAUGCUUAAAUGACGCUGAAAAGUCAAGAGGGUUUACUCCGCGCAUGUUUACAAAGAUGGACACUGACACUGACACUCGCGUCAUAUCCGACAAUUUCUUCGAAAAGUAGUUCUCCAAGGAAACAUAAUGUUUUUGCUCGGACUCGAAAGCCGAUUUGUUGUCUUUUUUUGCCUGGUGUAUUUUCCUAUUGACGAAAGAUCUAAAUACAAAAUCGGCUCAACUUUUCUGUUCACCAUAUAUUUUCGUUAUUGGGGAAGGGGGCUCAUCAAAGGGUCUUUCAUAGACGGAACAGCUGUCCAUGGCUGCCACUGCCCAAAUUUGACCACUGCCUUGUUAGCUCAGUUGGGAGAGCGCCGGUCUGCUAAGCGCGUUGUUUGUUAGCACAGGCAAAUGUCUUUGUAAUCUUCACAGUGUCUAGUGUGAAAAUUGCGAUUUGUAAACAUUGCAUCAGUAGGCAUUUGUCUAGGAGGUCCUGAUGCAUGGUGCUUUUUAGGUAGCAAAUCUUCUAGUGAGGGCAGGAAAUGUGCCCCUUGAAGUCGCCGAAGUCAUAGGUAAUGUCAAAUACAUCCGUAAUGGCGAUUACAGACCAAAACGAGGGGGGCUCUGCCCCCCUCCCAGAAUUUUUGUUUGGGGGGUGGGGGGGGGGGGGCUACGGACCACCCUGCUCCGCCGCCUACGCAGUAGGAAAAACCGUUCUUCCUACACAGUUUCUUCAUAGUUCGAUCCUGUACAAAACGAAAUUUUUCGCUAAUAUUGGAUGUUUCCUAUUUAGAUCCAAGAAAGAAAUUGUUCAUUUUAUGUCAAUGGAAGUCCCACACGAGCGAGUAACCAUCAUGGGGGAACUUGGUCGAGGGGCUUUUGGCAAGGUUCAUAAAGGUGUGAUGAAGGAGGUAACAAACGCAAAUAUAUAUUCCGAUACCAGUGGAAGAAAUCCAAAUGUACAUUCCAAGGACAGCCUACAAACAUUGAAGGACAAUGAAGGACGAAUUGUUGCUGUUAAAGUCCUUCUUGGUGAGCUACUACGCCAUUUUCGACGAAUGUUUACAAAUCAUGUUCAACCAGCACGUUGUUAACGUAAAUAAUGUUUGUGUAACUUUAGUGUAGUCGAAGUUCACUUCCAUGUGGGAUCAAGGCUUCCACUUCCAACAAUGCAAUAAAAAUUGCUUAACUUACAUGUGACAGACGUCUUGCUAAUACUAAAGCUAAAGUCUAACCUCCAUAAUCGGCCACUUCUCUACAACGGUCACUAUUUUUUGUCCCUAUAGGGACAGUCUAUACAAUGAAUCUUGUCUAAGCGUCUCUACAACGGCAACGGCCACUGACGCAUAACCCCAACUGCCAAAAUAACCUGUUGACAACGGUCAGUUUUUCCGCCGACUGAUGGAAAAGUCACGAAUGAUCAUGGAACUUGUUCCGCAUGGCGCGUUGACGAUUAAUCGCGGUAAUCCUAUUUUGAUUGUGUUCCACUUAUAUUGCUGCAGUAAGCAUAAAUUGUCUGCGAUACGUCUAACCAAUGCUGCGAACUUUGCUCGUUUUGUCACGUUAACAUUUUAAUUCAAAACAUGAUGCCCUUCUUCACCACUUUCUUUGCAUGGGUAAGCAGUUCACAAACCCUCUCGAUAUUGUUUUUCUGGACUGAUUUUAACUGAUAUCCUUUUGUUCAUUAACUCCCGUUUUUGUUUAGAAAAUGCUGGAGAGGAGGAAAAACGACAGUUUCUUCAGGAAAUUGACCUCAUGAAGGACGUUGGAUCGCAUCGAAACAUUCUUAGCAUACUCGGUUUUUGGAUUCGGUCAGAGCCCAUCAUGUUGAUCAUGGAGUAUGUUCCUCACGGAGAUCUUCUGCAGUGGCUUAGAAACAAAAGACAGCAAAUAAAGCAUGUUACUGUACGUAUCGAUUUUUUGCCAUUUUCUCCCUAAUAGCAAAAUUUAUAUCAGCUUAUUUGUUGCCCCGUUACAUUUCCUAUAACUGUAUAGCCUGGAGCAUUUCUCAAAAUAUAACGUAAAUUCAAAUUUUUUGAACAUGUCUUCAAUUCCUGUUAACUUAAAUUUAUUAAGCAUUGAUAAUACAACCAGAAAUAUGAUAACGACUCUUUGGGUUAAAAAAUGAUAAAUACAAGGGAGAGUAGACACUCGGGCAAAAGGGGCGGACGUAUAUGCCCUAAUCAAAGGUUUUCCUCUAAUUUGUUUUAACCUGAAUUUUCGGUAAAAUUCAGGGUGACAACAAAGAUGACGGCCAUUUUCAAUGAGGGCACUAGCUGCAACGCCAUUUCCCACAAUAUUUCUAUCACCUUGCAGAGCUUGUCGCAGUCUAUACUGAAAGAGUUUUGUAUAUCUAAAACAUUUAAGGAGAGCCAAAACCACUGGGGAGAAAGAAACACUCCUCGAAAGGUUGACAUCGUUUUCUUGAAAACCGGAAAUUUAUUUGGUCUGAAAUCAGAAAAAUAUCAUUUCUAAGGAAAGAAAUAUCUUAAGCUGUAGUUAUGUCGUAUGGUUAUUGCGCUUUCGUCUGUGUAGAAAAUGAUCUUUUGGCUCUGGUAAAAUUGCUUCACCAGUCUUCACUAUAUAGAAUAUUAAUUUGUAGACCUAAAUCAUGUUUAAACUACUUGCAGCUUACAAAAAAGAAUAAUGACCAGACUGAUGUCUUAGAAAGUCAGAAGAAAAACACGGAUGGUCAGGAGAUAAAAAAAGGGAAGAUCAAAAAUGAAAAACAAGGGGAAGAUGGCUCCAAGCAACUGCAAGAACUAGCAAAUCCACACAAAUCCAAGGAAACCGAUGUUGACACCAACGUUGAGCGCCUACUUGAAAUACUACCUCAGUGUUCAACUUUGGAAAAAGAAGCGACAUCGCUGGGGCAGAGCUCGAGAAAUAUCCCAGAAGUUGCUACAAGCCUCGUUAUGGUAGGAGGCGAAGGACCCACUCAUCAGCUCACGAACUAUGACGAACCGAAGGGAAGCGAUGAAAUAACCUUGACUAUAGAAACAGAGGAUAGGAACAGCGAUGCUAAUGGAAAGCAAAAGGAAAUAGAAAGUUUCGAAAACGAGAAAAGCAAGUCCAAAGGUGAUACCAUGAACGUAUACGUAUCAUCUCCAGAAACCAAACCUGGUAAAGAAGAAAACGAAAAGAGAGUACAGUCAUUACCACCGACCUUUAAAGACGACCAGUUUCCUGAAUCCCUUGAAAGGACCACAGCGAGGGCCUCUAGCGAGAAAGACGAAGGCACUUCUGACAUCGACAAUAAAGACCACGUUUUUUCUGCAGAUGAUAUGAUGAGUUUUGCGUGGCAGAUUGCUAGGGGAAUGGUAGGUCAAGUCUUUGCUAUGGGAAAAGAAUCAUACGAACAAACACUAACAAAUACUUCCGAAAAAUAUAAAAUUUGAUUUUUUUGCCUAAGGUCUAAUAUAUAUUCGACAGCGAUUAUACCGUGGAAUAGAGGCACCUCUGAAACUAUCGCACGUAUUCUACAACCUCACAUCAUAAGCGUUGCACACAAACCGAUAACUACUUUACGAAGACUAUAAUUACUAACGUCAAGGACAAAGACAAACCGGAGGAGCAGUAUACGAGAUAAAAUACUACAACUGCCAGGCUACUUACACUGGUAAGACCGGCAGAAACCUAAGCACGGGACUGACUGAACACAAACGAGAGACAAGAAAUGGUGAUGUCAACAAUCACAUUGCUGAACACCAUUUACAGACGAAACGUCAAAUCGACUUGCAUUAGGUACUCUUCAUACUACUAUCAACGACUGACUUUAGAAGGUUGGUUUACAAACUUAAAGCAAACCCCACUGAAUCGUAGUCAACAGUUACCGGCACCGUGCAAACGACUUAUUGAUGGACUCAAGCAAAACUAGCUACAAGAGAAUGACUGGACAACCGACAAUUUGACUAACAAUAAACGACUGUUAAACUGUGACAAUAGACGGAUCGAAACGCACCAUAAUCGUAACAGAGCCUUAGUAGCCAAUAUCAUUACGGCUUAAUUGGCAGACGACCAAUAACAUCGCGACUUAAUUGACCAAACAGGUCAAUAAUCAGAGUUUAAUAUCAUCAACUGACGUGAUACAACUCACUUUGACUCUGAUGAUGAUUGAUGACUUCCGCAGAGGUUGUCGAAACGUCAGUCACUGUCAAAAACAGUCAUAUUCAGGACUUCGUUCACCCGAACGAUCAAUAUCAACCAACUUAUGAAAUGACCACUGGGUUCAAACCUUUCACAGCUACAAUAAUCUGUUGCCCACCAAAAGGGGUUAAAACUUCUCGCCCAAAUAAUGGCUUCACCUCAUUACGUUUUGUAAGAACUGGUAACUAUUAAUAGUAACUGGCAAAAUCUGUCUAAGAAGAAAAUAAGCAGCUACAAACGAGAAUAGGGAUCAGGCAAACGGCUAACAAGUAGAUAGAAGAGACUAAGUUAUAAAUCAUCAUUUUAUCAGGAAUACUUGGCCAGUAAAGGAUUUGUUCAUCGCGAUCUGGCAGCCCGUAACAUCUUACUUGGUGAAAACAGAGCGGUGAAGAUUUCUGAUUUUGGUAUGCUACGCCGCACGGGUGAGAGUGAGAUAUAUGAGGUGGCAACCGUUAAGAAACUGCCCAUAAAAUGGACAUCACCUGAUUCACUGGAGACCGGAAUUUUUACUUCCAAAAGUGAUGUGUAAGUUAAAAUUAAACUUUGCAAUGUUUCUUAGGGCUAAUUUCACCUGCAACACAGGUAUAAGCACGAGCCCAUACCAAGAUUUAAACAGAGAAACCUGGCUACUACUGAGUGAAUUCUUUCCUACGGCCGGUUGUUCACCAGAGGCACUUUUUGGACAUUUUCCAUAACAAAAGCUCCUCUAACAGAUGUUCCAAAGCAUUAAAUGGCUAACAUAUACCAUUACCAGUUACCAUCCCAUUUUUUAAAGGCAGGAGACUGGGUUCGAAUUUACUCUAACCAAACGAAGAUUGACAUACGUCCUAGCUUCCUAUUUGAGAGCCUCUGUUUAAACCCUUCCUUCCCAGUUACACAAUGGGGCAACUGCAGGAUGGCAUCAUUUUACUACUACUACCAGAAUCCUUCAGUGUUUUGCUUUCUUGUGCAAAUUAGGACUUUUGUUUUUUAACCUCACAGAGGUUACCAAACGUAAGUAUCAAAGAAAAAACGAAAUGAAUUCUGGUCUUAGUAGCAGAAAGACGUCAUCGUGCAAAUGGCCUAGCUAUUUAUUGUAUUUCUCUCCGCCUCCACCCCCCCCCCCUCCUUCCGCCCCAUGACUACCAUUUAAGGGGCCACCCUCCAGUGAGUAAAACUCUGUGUCACUGAAUGCUUCGCUAAGAACCUCGCGAUGAAUAGAAUCACAGCAUGUGGUCAGCAGGCUGCUAUUUUGUUCAUACCAAGAUACCCUUCUGAAAUGUUAGCAUGCAAUAAAACUAUUGACUUUUCCGGCUACGUUUAGAAAAAAAAUGCAACUAUUGAUGUAAGGAUUCGCGGACAAUCAAGAGUAAUUUCCCUCCUUCUCUCAUUACAACUUUUUACAUUAUAAUUGUUAAGUUGUUUCACCGAUUAUUUAUUUUCAUCAUACUGUACCUUGUUCCUUAGAUGGUCCUUUGGAGUUGUUUUGUGGGAAAUGGCUACCAUGGGUGAGAUAUAUUUAAUGCUUUGACUGAUGUUAGAACUAGAAUGAUUGUCCAUUGCAUUUGUUUGUUUGUUUGACUAAUAAAUUCUGACAAAGUAAUUUCGUAUCCAUAUCUCUUGUCGAGGAAACCAAAGGCGAGAUCUGGUCAAAUCCGUACGUCAAGUGAUCGCCAGUCAGGCGCACUCCCCCACAAUCUUAACAGUAUGAGUAACCAAUGAAAUAUGUUGAUUUAUGAUGAAGUCCAGAUAUAACGCACACUCUGUUUGGUUGCAAAUGUGUGCUUAUGAGAGUAUAAAACACGCAGCAAAGUGUCGCACCAUCUGCCGAAAGUUUGUUUUGAAAAUUAAAAAGUGAUGCAUAGGGAAUUUAAUGGAUUCUUUUUCAUGAAACAAAUAAGGAAGCCUUGACACCGUGCUCUGCUUUGUUGUAAACCACGCAGGAAACGGCAAGAACACUUAAGAAGUAAGGAGAAAUACUCCUUCGUGCUUUAGCUGCUUCCGGCGUGCUUUACAACACAACAGAGUACAGUCGAAGCUUUUAUAUUUUAAUCUCUUUUCAGUUGACCUUAUCUCGUCUUCGGCUUCGUCGACCAGAGAUCUGGGUACAAGAUCACUACCAACGUAGUGAGUCAAUCUGUCAAGUGCUAAAAUAAGUAGCAGUUCUUGACAGACGUAAUGUUGGCUUAAAAGUUCUUUGAACCUUCCACAAUGACACCUAAUUUGAACAUUUUAGGGGGGACUCCUUAUCCCAGAAUCAGCCAUGCGCAGUUGUACAAUCUCCUUAAGAAAGGGUAUCGCAUGGAACAACCAAACACUUGCAGUGAUGAAAUGUAAGUAAACGUAUUGUAAAUGACUCGCAAUUAAUACUUGUACCAAACAAGAAACAUAAUUAGCAUCUUUUAAAAACAACAUCGUUACGCUAUAGGCAUGAUCAUCUUUAAAACGUUCAUAACAAAGCCCCGUUCUCGACUACUUCUUUUACUUCAUCCGUAAAACGCCAAAGGGGUAAAGUACAAUACAAUUCGAUUGACUUUAUCUUUAGGAAGGUAACAAGUGACAUAAAAAAAAAAACAAUCAUGACUUUUUUAGCAGGUACUCAUGCGACUUGAUUGCGACAAAAAUCAAUGCAACUGGCGAAUACAGCGCCAACGCAAGUAGAUCGAUCAAAAAAGAACCAGGCUUAACUCUCCACCAGAUGAAGUAGAAUCAUACCCCAAUUGCAUUCACGUUUCUUUGACGUCAUGAACGUUAAGAACUACCUGCUAAUGUUCCGCUUUAAAAUGGAUAAUUUCAUCCCUCCUAUACUACUCACAAGGGAAAUUUCGUUUGCUGAAGUAAAAACCAAAUCUUAGGUAAUCUCACUCGGCAAAACAUGGCAUUGUAAAUAGCUUGAACCCAGUAUUUCGUCUCAUAACCAGGUGAAAUAUGAUCAUUCAGAUGAGUGUACUUAUUGAAAAGAUUGUUGUUAACAGUGAUUGGCUAUUGCCUAUUACCAACGACCAUCAGAGUUCAAAGUGAGUUGCGUAUCGUAACUUGACGACAAAUUUGGCCAUCGUCAAACUUGAACAAAGCAUAAUCCAGAAUAUUUUUUUCUCGACAGAUACAAGUUAAUGCUGGACUGCUGGAGGGAUGAUCCGAACGAACGACCCUCAUUCACCGAAAUGAUACCAACCCUUGAAAAAAUGAUGACAGCUGAUACCCCAUAUUAUGAUUUUACACUGUUAGAUGAGAGCCAGGAAUGUUACAGUGAUCAACGCCCCAGCACCAGUGAAACUCUCGACACUCUCUUGUGA